AUGGCGGGUGGGCGGCGCAACUCCCUGCGCAGUGGCAGCAACGCCCAUGAGCCGGAGCACUGCGGUGAUGCGCCGCCGCGGCUGAAGGACCGAGCCACGCUGGGGAGCUUCCACGGGUUCUUUGGGCCCACGGAGACGGCGCGCUCGUCGUUGCGCCUGCCGGAUGAGCCGGGGUGUCGGGGCGGCAACCCCCUUCAGACGCAGGACGAGCCGAUGGCAUUCGAUCUGUGCUCGAACCCAGUCGGAGCUGCGGAGGACCGUGCGGGGAUACCGGAGCCUGCGGGGACGAAUGCCGCCGUGCCGGGCCGCCUGACAUGA